GUAACACGAAGUCAACAUCCAACCUGUGGUAACGAAAUCACCACGCACCCCCAAAACCCCAUUAAACCCUCGACGGAGAUCUUAGCGAACCAAUUUCUACACUCUCUGACUCUCCGACACCAUGAGAAGAGCUUCCACUCUCGCGUCCUCCGUCCUCUCCCGAACUGUCGCCACCGCCCACGGAGGCGCCACCGUGAACCACCGGAUCCUCCAGGCGGCGCUCUACGGAAGCAGCAGCAAGGGCGGCUCGUACACCCGCGGGCGGUGGUUCUCUUCCUUCUCUAGCUCUCCGGCGCGAGCAGUUUCUCUCGGUGUAGCAGGGGCCUUGAUCUCGAUCUCCACCGCCGUGUCACUCUCCAAUGAGGUCCACGCGAAGGAGCCACCCCCGCCGGAGCUCGUUCCCAAGGAAGUCGUUCUUUACCAGUACGAAGCCUGCCCCUUUUGCAAUAAAGUUAAAGCUUUUCUUGACUACUAUGACAUACCAUACAAAGUUGUAGAGGUCAAUCCAAUUAGUAAGAAAGAAAUUAAAUGGUCUGACUAUAAAAAGGUGCCGAUAUUGAUGGUAGAUGGGGAACAGCUGGUUGACUCCUCAGCUAUUAUUGACAAGUUGGGCCGUAAGAUUCUUCCGGGAAGAAAGGCUGAUUCAGACUUGGAUGAUGAUGAUAAUGAAGAGAAAAAGUGGCGUAGGUGGGUUGACAAUCACUUGGUGCAUAUGUUAUCACCAAACAUAUAUCGAAAUACUUCUGAGGCACUUGAGUCCUUUGACUAUAUCACAAGCAAUGGUAAUUUUAGCUUUACAGAAAAAAUUACAGUGAAAUAUGCUGGAGCUGCUGCUAUGUAUUUUGUGUCCAAGAAACUGAAGAAGAAGUAUAACAUCACCGAUGAACGUGCAGCGCUGUAUGAAGCUGCAGAAACAUGGGUUGAGGCCCUAAAUGGCCGUGAGUUCCUUGGGGGCUCCAAGCCUAAUUUAGCUGACCUUGCUGUCUAUGGGGUGUUAAGACCCAUCCGUUACCUGAGGUCUGGUACAGAUAUGGUGGAGCACACUCGCAUUGGCGAUUGGUACACAAGAAUGGAGAGUGCUGUGGGAGAGCCAUCGCGGAUUAAAGCUUAAACUGUUGGAUAAUUGCUGUUCUCUGCCUUUCUGAGUUUGAAUGUUCUUAAGCAAUAAGAACAAUAAAAGAAUCGUGGAUUGUGAUAUUCAAGGAGAGUUUCAGUUAUUUCAGUUUAUCCAAUAGUAUAUGGACUACUAUUGUAGAUGAUAAUUGUUAGGUUUGGAUUGUAAUUAUUUAUUUGUUUUUGAUAUGUCUUACUACAAACAAGCAAGACUUGAGAUUUGAGAUUCCAUGAGAGAAAAUUUU